CGCAAAAACACACUGAUCAGGACGAUACAGUGAGCAGCUGUGUGUAACGCUUCGAUUAGAUUAUAGGUCUAUUUUUAGUUUUUUCAUCUCUUCUUUUAUUGAUUUAUUGAUUUUUCAUCCGAGGUGUUUUAUUUCCAACUUUUUUCACAGUGUUCUUGUGUCACCAUGCGGAGAUUAGCGGCCGCGGUCCUCCUGCUGUCGCUUCUCAAAGUUUCGGUGUGUAUUCAGGUGAACGUUCCUGAGCAGGACCGCAGCACAACCCUGUUUGCCUCAGUGACCCUUCGCUGUGACUACUCCACCUCUGCUAACCUCCAGGAUGUGCUGCUCACCUGGAGGUUCAAGUCCUUCUGCAAGGACCCCGUGCUGGAGUACUACUCCACAGCGUACCAAUCCGCACUACAGUUAGGACAGGACCCUGCAAAUGACUGUCCUGACCGCCAGCGGACAGUCCGCACAGUGAUACAGAAGAAAGGCAGCAAUGAACCCACGCUGGGACCCGAAUAUCGGGAACGCAGGAUCACCAUCCAAAACAAGGCAGACUUGGUGAUCACUGAGGUGAUGUGGUGGGACAACGGUGUGUACUAUUGCUCUGUCGACGCCUCGGGAGACACUUCAGGAGACUCUGACAAAGAAAUCAAACUCAUUGUUUACCACUGGUUGACAGUGUUGCUCAUUGUCAUCGGAGCCCUCCUCCUCAUCAUCCUCUUCUGUAUCUGCUGCUGCCAGUGCUGCCCUCAGAGAUGCUGCUGCUAUAUCCGCUGUCCCUGCUGCCCGGAGCAAUGCUGCUGUCCUGAAAAAGCGGUGAUGCAACAUCGUAUGAUGAAGGAUGCUCAGAGGGCCAUGGCUCCCUGGAUGGGGGGGCAGCCGUUAUAUGGACAGAUGAGUAAUGGCUCCCAGAUGAACCCACUGCUCUACGCAGGAUCUGUUUCAGGGAAGAGCAUCCCGAUGAAGUCCAUGCCCCUCCCCCCUCCCCAUUCUUCAGCCUACAGCAUGCCCCCUCCCAGUGCUCAUGGCACGCACACCCCUAAUCACAUGCUGGAUUACCUGGAGGGCCAGGUGAGGGGGAUAGACAUGGCCAGCCCUCUGAUGCAGUCCCAGCCUCCUCCACAGCACCACAUGCAGCAGAUGCCCCCACCUCACAUGCAGCAGAUGCCCCCACCUCACAUGCAGCAGAUGCCCCCACCUCACAUGAUGCAGCAGAUGCCCCCACCUCACAUGCAGCAGAUGCCUCCUCCCCAGCACAUGUCCCAGCACGUCCCAUUUUCCCCUGGCCCUCCCAGCAUGAUCUCUGCUCUGGAUGAUGGCCCAACAGAGCACCGCGUCAUCACACUUCCACCAAUAAGAGAGCAGCCACCAGCUAGAACUGCACCCCCUGCACCAAGGACUCGGCCCCCCAGCUCCAGCGAGAGCAGCCGCAGCGGCUUUGACCGUCGUGAUGAGCGAGGACAGGUGGUCAGGCGUAACGUCUCCCCCUCCCCGUCCAGAGGGAUUCCCAGGAGCUACAGCGAGGAGUCCCUAGACGGGAACAGGCGCAGCCGUCCAAAAGGGGACAUGGUGCCCCGCUCCCGCUCCAGGGACGACCUGUUUGACAACAGGUCCAGAGGAAACCACUCUCCUCCAGCAUCACGGCACUCCAGAAGAGGGUCCUGGAGCUCGGAUGAUGAGGGCAGCAGCAGGAGAGGAGGAGGAGGGAGGAGAGGAGGUGGAGGUGGAGGUGGAGGCUGGGUUGACCAACCUCCAAUCUACAGCGAGUACGAACCUGGAAAGAAACCAGGAGCACGGAGGAAUGAACACUACUCUAGACGCACAAUGCUUUAGCUGUAGACGCACACAACGCACUUACGUCAAGACAAACGCACACACCUUGAAACAUUUGAUUACAUAAAACAAGUGAUGUGGGUGAAGUGAAUCUAAAGUUAGUAUGUCUCUCUCAGGGCAAGAGUUCUCGCAGUGGCACCAGCAUCGUCAUCUGAAAGCUGCAGCUGUGAAAAGCCCUGUGACCUCUGCUCCAGAGAACAUGCACACCUCCCUAAAACCUGGAGCCUUGUUUUUUGGCUACUGGUAAACUUUUUAAUGCCAAUAUUUUAAUUUUAAAAAUUAUUCAUGAACCAACUCAACCAAAGUUGUCAGAAGGAAUUAUAUAAUGUGAAUAUUCCUCAGGUGUGCAGGAGGUAACGCAAAUGUAAGAUGUAGGAAGAAAACCUAAAUGAUACCCAUAUGAUUGGUUUGCGUUUUUAGAUAUUGAUGUAAGAAAACUGCAAAAGUCUUCUAAUAGAGCUAUUUUGGGGAUAAUAUUUCCCUCUGCUGGUUCAUUGUUUUAUUAAGAUUUGAAAUAAUGCCUCCUGUUUGAUAGUUUUAUUUGGCUUUUAAUGUUUUUCUCUCGUAACCUUAUUUGUUUGGCAGUCAUACAGUUGAUUCUUAUGUUUUAAUGACACCAUGAAACAUUAAGUGGAGAAGAAAUGACUCGAACAGCCAGUAUAUUAAGACAUAUUACAAGUUUAAUGUUUGUAAAUUGUAAUUUUUUACAUCACUUGGAUUUCUUGAAGUGUAUUUGUUAUGCUAAUGUUUUGAAGGAAAAGGUGGAUGCAGUUAGACUCUGGUCAGAUAAUGAUUGUGAUUUUUAACCCUUUUGUACAUAUGACUAAUGAAGUAUUUACACUUUCUUAUGAAUAACUGUAAACACUUUGUAAAUAAGUAAUGUACAUGUUGUUGACAGAAAGUUAUGUCAACAAUGUUACAGGCACAAAAAGUGUAUAUUUUCUUUUUAAAUUAAGCACAAUAGGAACAUGUGAUUUGUUGGUGUACAGUUUGGGAAAUGUACCUAUUUUAUUUUCUACCUUUUGCUUUAAACAUGAUCCAUCAGAGAUACAACAGAAAUACGUUAAUCAUGGAAUUACAAUGGUUGACUCCCAUUUAUGUUUUUAAGGUUUUUUAAUUUCACUUAAGUGUUUUACACUGUACAGUCAGUUUCUGUUAUCAAUAUUGAAAAUAAACUGUUUACCCUCUGCGUAAAACAAGACUGUCUAUUUUUCUAUAACACAUUUGAACUUGUAUUUGUAGAUGCAUGACAAAUGUUACAUUAUAGAAAACAUUGCAUAAUAAAGAAAAAAAGGUA